AUGGUACGCACCACACUCAAAGGGAGCAGCAUUGGGCGCGUCGAUAGAGUCAAAUCCAAAGGCAAACGCAUGGCAAAGGGUGCUUUUAGCUUAUCAGCUACUAAUGCUACAAGGCACUCCACAGCUGUACCACUCCGCAAGCCCAUUACUUCAUUUGCAAUUCCGCUUGUUCAUGCCGAGAUCGUCAUGGAUGACUCGCUCAAGAACGACGACACUUGGAUCACAUACAGGGAACCGCAAGAAAUCGAGAUCAUCCAGGUUGGAACGACGGAGCCAUACAAAAUGUGCCGUGUGCCGGUGUUUGAAGGUGGGAGGAAGCGAGGGUUUGUACCGCUGCCCCUGAGGUACCGGGAUCUAUGGCUUGAACUUUCUUACAAUAUUGUACUGUGCUCCAACCUAUGGGAGCUUUGGAAGGAAGAGGGGACAAUGCUUGUCCAACACAUGCUCACUAGGCGGUUGGUUGUGGAGCAGUUACUGAAGUUGGAUUACCUCACGGAACCUGGCAAAGAGAGCGUCCCACUUUUGGAUGAAUGGAAGAUUCGCAUGUGUCGUGAUUGGUGGAACAAGAGUUAUGAUGAGGCUUUCGCUGAAGGGCGCAAAUUCCUGUCAGCGGAUCCCGUGACAGCUCCAAACAAGGCAUUCUUCGAAAAAGGAUGGAAUAUUAAUGACCAAGGGAAGGAAUCAUUGUCCCCCGUAUCCUUCCAUCCACAGGCACUUGACGAGUUGAAGAAGCCCAGCGAAUUUCACGAAACUAGGCAUUUGGAAGAUGGAGAGCUUCCAGGACACUGGCACGAGGGACACAAUCCUUGUCUUUUCUUCUGGAGUGCAGCACAAUGGGAGUGGUACAGCGAAGGACACAGUUUUGCAGAAACUCCAAUCGCCUUCUUCAAUUUUGUCCUCAGGAAAGAGCCCAGCUAUGCGGAUGUCAAAGAAUUUGAGCAUGACGUCAAGAGCAUUGCCAAUAUUAUUUUUCCUAAUGGUGACGGCAAUGACUGUGACAACAUCCAGGGAAUUGUAGGCGGACUCUGGCUUGGCGAGAUGACCUGGAGGGAAUUCGUGGAUUACCUGAGGCAGAAGUGGAAUCUAGAUGAAAAUUCCUGCAAGCCUUGGGAAAAAAAGGGUAUCGACAUCUUCUCUUUCAUGCUACACCCCAUGUUCAAAAAGCCUUCUUUUAUUCUAGAUGAAAGAAACCCCUUCGAUAGCUUGGAAGCCCAGUUGAUCUUCCAGGGAUUCAUGCGCCGGGGCUCCGAGAACAGAGAUUGGAAUCCUGAGGAUCAGAUCCUGUGGGAAUCUUUGUUGAGAAUGAGCCCAAAAGAAUAUGAGCCCGUAUGGAAGAAGGUGGUGAAAACCAUUUUGGAGGAGGAGAAGUCUGUGUGA